UGUUUUUAUUUUAAUGUAAGACACUACAUCCUUCACGUUCUCUAUUUCAAAUUCUCCAUUCUCUCUUCCCCCUCACCAUUUCCUAAUACUCCUGUAAUAACAAUGGCAUUUCAUUUUUAUCAGAUUCAAUUUCUCAUUUGUCUUUGAUCAACCCUUUUCAAAUCUCUUCAGCAUCAACUUCAACCUCUCGAUGGCACGGGGGCCCGAAAAAUGGCGUCUACUGGUGUUGACUUUGAGUUUGUCGACUAUUUGGGCUGUUGAGGGAGGUCAAAAAGUUCCUUGUUACUUCAUUUUCGGAGAUUCUUUAUACGACAAUGGGAAUAAUAACAAUCUUCCAACCAAGGCUAGAGCCAAUUACCCGCCUUAUGGUGUGGACUUUCCUCAAGGGCCGACUGGAAGAUUUACCAAUGGCCGAAACCUCGUUGAUAUGUUAGCUCAACUACUUGGAUUUGAGAAUUUUAUACCACCUCAUGCAACUGCAAAAAGUGAUGAGGAAAUUCUCAAAGGGUUGAAUUAUGCAUCUGGAGGAGCUGGAAUUCGAGAUGAAACUGCAUCAAAAACCCUGGGAGCUGCAAUCAGCAUGAACAAGCAAUUACUAAAUCAUCAAGCUAUUAUCUCCCGCAUUGAGAGCAUACUAGGAGAUAAAGAAUCAGCUUCAAAGCACUUAAGCAAGUGCAUUUACACAGUCGGAAUCGGCAGCAAUGACUACGUCAACAAUUACUUAUUGCCUAAGUUUUACAACACAAGUCGCUGGUACACACCAGAGCAAUACGCCAUCGCUCUCACUCAGCAAUACUCUCAACAAUUAAGAACAUUGUACAAUUCUGGAGCAAGAAAAAUUGCCCUAUUUGGAUUAGGCCCUUUCAGCUGCUCACCCGGCAGCGUGGCCAUGUAUGGCACUAGCGGAUCUUUAUGUGUAGACUACAUAACCAGACACAUUGAGCUAUUCAAUUCCAGGGUUAAAUCUCUAGUGGAUGAACUGAACAAUGAUCUGAAAGACGCCAAGUUUACCUACAUUGAUGCCUUUGGGAUAUUGGGGUCUCUAGUGGCUGGUGUAGAUGGAUUCUUAGUGGAUAAUAGUCCAUGCUGUGAUGUGGCCAAUUUGAAGAUGCAUAAUGGUGUUUUAACGUGCAUCCCUUUGCUAAAUCCGUGUAUUAGUAGAUCUUUACGGGUGUUUUGGGAUGGAACGCAUCCAUCUGAAGCUGCAAAUGUUUAUUCAGCUGCAAGAGCAUUCUCUGCUCUGCUUACUUCUGAUGCUUACCCAUUUGAUAUUAGUACACUAGUUGAGCUUUAGUAAUCUAAGUCUAGCUGUUAUCAAUGAGUAUGCUUGCUUAAUUUUACACGAAAAUUGUUCUUGUACCAUAAGGACGAGGGUGUCAGCACAACGGUACAAUCGAAUAAUAAAAUAUUUGUUACGGUUAA